CGUUUAAUCACUACCAAGAAAUAUGACGCGUGAAUGUUAUUGGACAGUUCCAAUGACUCAUAAUAUAUAUUUUCGAUAAUUUUAAAAUUUGGCGCGCUUGCUUUCUAUUAUCGCUAAAGGUAAUAAAUGGUGUCAUCAUAUGACUGAUAAGAUGAACAGUGAAAAUGAAAUUUACGUUGUUUGGGACCCUUUUAAUCAUAUUUUAUCCACUCGAAUCUCUUCUAACAUCAGAUCAGAAGCCGUUCGUGACAAUUUUCUACGACACAAAUGACGCAUCAUCAAAGUUCUUCAAUGAAAUCGUUUGUUUAAUGGAUGAUAACUAUUUUGAUAAAAUGCAUCUCGAGCUGGUUCCAUUUGGAAACGCCCGACAGCAGUACAACCGAGUUAAGAAACAGUAUGAGUUUGAGUGUGAUGAUGGAGAUUGUGCUGCAAUUCGCGAACAUGCCUGUGUUCUACAACGUAAUGCCGGGAGAGACGUUACUUUUGCCACUUUUAGGCAAAUAUGCGACUUAUUUAAAGAUUCUAAACCAACAAAUUUGAGUAAAUGUGAAGAUAAUUAUUUGGCUAAUUGCGGAACGCGAACAGAAAGUAUCAAACCACCUAUUACUGACUUUCCAGCCAUUGCCAUUGACAAUUUGUACGACGAAGAGAGGAGUCAGAAGGUAAAAGGUAAUUUUUGGGGGAAUUUAAUAGCGGAUCACAAAAUCGCGAAAAUUUCCCAAUCACAGGAAGUGGUAAGCAACGCAUGUUCAAAAUUAACAAAUUCGUCAUAUUUCUCACGUUUUUACCACAUUUUGUUACUCUCAAAAGUAUUUAUAAUAAAAACUAUUUUAAACCCAGCGCCAUAUUUAAGUUAAGAAUCACCCAGUGUGGGCAGUCAAAGUGUGAGUCAUGAGAGAAUAAGCUUUCCCAUUAUUUGAUUGGUGUGGUUGGUGAAGUUGUUGACAUUCUUGGUCUUCUGGAAAGAUCGUUAUAACUAGUGAAAGUAUUAGUAUAAAAUGAUAAGGUUAUCAAUCUGGGUGAUUGUAGGGUUGUGUGUGUUGCUAGAAAUAUCUGCUGAUACAAGGGUGAAUGUCACCGUGUAUUACGAAUCACUGUGCCCAGAUUCGCGGAGGUUUAUCAACACCCAAUUGUAUCCAGCCCUCACCGGAUACAAUGGCACAUUAGCUGAUGAAGUAAACUUGUGGCUGAUACCAUACGGCAAGUCAAGUAAUAUCUACGACAAGCAGAUCCGUGGUUAUAACUUUUCUUGUCAUCAUGGCGAAGACGAAUGCCAUGGGAAUAAAAUACACGCGUGUGGGCUGAAAAUCGUCGCUGAUGGCAAAGAAGAACCGGCAAAUCGGCGAGCGCUUGACUUUAUUAACUGUCUAAUGGCAGACGUGGAUCGCUCGCAAACGCCAAACGUUUUCCCGAUCACAAAAUGCGUGCUUAAAACGGAGGGUGUGAAUGCCGCCAUGGUGGAAAAUUGUGCUAAACAUGUCGAGGGACAAAAAUACUUGGCGAGCUACGGUUUCAAAACCGACGAGCUUAAACCGCCACUGACGUCAGUACCGACCAUCACCUUCAACGGCAAGGACGAAAGUCAAGAAGCACAGACAAAUUUCGUCGGUACAUUGUGUAAAUACCUACCUAAUAAAGGUAGUGAAGUUGCGAAAAUUUGUGAUGCGACAGGUACCGCUGCCCGUUCUGUCUCAGCCUCUCUAUGGUUACCAUUAAUACUCUCGCUCUUCUUUGCGGCCCGCGUGUAAUUUGUCACUCUAGAUGCCUUGUAACCACUCAGCAAACCAAUACUCUAAGAAUUAAUGAUUAUUUGCACCAAUGUAGUUGAUUCAAUCACAGACUUUAUAUUAUUAUUUUUGAUACCCAUUUAUAAAUAUAAUAUUAUAUGUAUAUUUGCCAACAGAACAAAAUGCGAUGAGUGAUUAAA